CUCUGAUGAAUGGGAGGAGUUGGUCUGGGUUUCCAUGGAGAUGCGUCUCUAAGCAUGCCUCCAUUCACGACAGCAGCAGCAAGCACCUGAUUUCAAGUCUGACCAUGGGAAGCAGCAAGUAGCUUGAAAAGUUUACCUUUUCUAUAAAAUAUCGUGGACAGUUUAAUCAUAUUGACUGUUGAAACGAUUUAGACAAGCUAAAUGCUUCUGUUUUUUUCAAUUGUUGCGACUUCUGGCUGGCUACAGAACAAAUCUUUUCUAAACAAUUACAAGUCUUGUCGUAGCCUGCGUUAGCUAAAGUUAACGUUUGCCGUGUUUGCAAGCCUUAUUGGGCAAGGCAGUAAUCUUUUUUGCUCUAGCCAGCAACCAAGUGGAUAGCCUUAUGGCUACUUCAAACAAACAUGGUCUUGGUCAAGGAAUAGGAGAUGGUGAGGUUCUAGCACCUAAAAACAAGUCUACGCGAAAUAAGAAUUCAUCAAUGAAGCAAGCAUCUCAUUCAGAUAAUAACGACAAAAUCACACCAGACAAAAACAAAUGCAAGAAGAAGAAAAAGAAAGAAAAAACGUCGGAAAAUGACAAAAAGAAAGCAAACAAGUCCAAUCGUGAAACACAGAAAGGAGAUGAUUCCAGCAGCCCUCCAAACUCUGAAGACACAGAUAAACAGCCAUCUGAUGCAAAGUCCAGCUCCAGCUCCUCUCUGCCUAUAGGUGGAAGCCAGGCCAAAAGCAAGACCAGCAAGAGGAGCAAAAAGCUGAAGAAGUCUGUUUCGAAUCAAGAGACAGCCCUAGCCCCUUCUGCCGAGAAGGCCAAAGCGGAAGUCAGCACAGAGUCCCUUGAGAGCUUGAGGUGGGAAGGAGUCCUGGACGACCCUCAGGCGGAGGCUGAGAGGCUGGAGGUGUAUAAAGCCAACCGCCGCAAGCGCUAUUUAGCAGCGCGGCAGCUGCAGCUUGGACAGAUAGCUGUCAAUCAAACCUCCCAAGUAAGGUGAACUGCAAAGAUCAGGGGUCUUGGCUACUUGACAUCUGUGAAUUUACCGACUACCUCUCCCCCCAUAACACAAUUUUAAGAACUGAAGAAAAAAAAACUGCCUCACUAUGUAUCUCAGAGUUUGUUAAUGUAUUGUUGGUUGUUUGGACAUUAUGAUUAAUAAAGUCACACUCAGG